CAAAACGUAGUGAAAUGAGGGUUGUGUUUUUCUGCCAAGGUCUGGGCGGGACCAAGAAGAAGUGGUGUCUAGCUGCCUAGCUAGCUAUCUAUUUAGGGUUGGCAGGAGAAAAUAGCUCUUCGUCCUGACUAACAUCUUGCGAGGAGGGACACCCGUGAACCAAAAUAGGAUUCCGGCGCGUAUCCAGCUGCUAAACUGUUGAUUUUCGAGAGUGCGAUCUGACUGCAAGUUCAGUAUUAUUUUCUUGAUAACUUCAAGGUGAUGACACACCAGUGAUGGACCCCAUGGCAGUGAGCACCUCCGCUUCGGUCCCGGAUGAGUUCGACCGCAAUGUGCCCCGCAUCUGCGGCGUUUGCGGCGACAAAGCCACGGGAUUCCACUUCAACGCCAUGACCUGCGAGGGCUGCAAGGGCUUCUUCAGACGCAGUAUGAAGAGGAAGGCGAGCUUCACUUGCCCGUUCAAUGGCAGCUGUACUAUCACCAAGGACAACCGGCGCCACUGCCAGGCCUGCAGGCUGAAACGCUGUGUGGAUAUUGGCAUGAUGAAAGAGUUCAUUCUGACGGACGAGGAGGUGCAGAGGAAGAAGGAUCUGAUUCUGAAGCGAAAGGAGGAGGAGGCGGCGCGGGAGGCGCUGAAGCCACGCCUGAACGAGGAGCAGACCCAGGUCAUCGCCUCGCUGGUGGAGGCGCACCACAAGACCUACGAUGACUCCUACUCUGACUUCCAACGCUUCCGGCCUCCAGUGAGGGAAGGUCCUGUGACACGCAGUGCCAGUCGUGCCGCCUCCCUCCACUCUCUGUCCGACUUCUCUUCAGACUCCUUCAGCCACUCCCCAGAGUCAGUGGAUAUGAAGCUGAUGAACUUCAGCAGUCUCCUGAUGAUGUACCAGGACAGCGCAGCCAGCCCCAAAUCCAGCGAGCCAGACAGCCCCAGCCUGUCCAUGCUGCCUCACUUGGCCGACCUCGUCAGCUACAGCAUACAGAAAGUCAUCGGCUUUGCCAAGAUGAUCCCCGGGUUCAGGGACCUGACCGCGGAUGACCAGAUUGCCCUGCUCAAGUCCAGCGCCAUCGAGAUCAUCAUGCUGCGCUCCAACCAGUCCUUCAACUUGGAGGACAUGUCCUGGACCUGUGGAGGCCCUGACUUCAAGUACUGCGUCAAUGACGUCACCAAAGCCGGACACACCCUGGACCUCCUGGAGCCGCUGGUGAAGUUCCAGGUGGGGCUGAAGAAGCUCAACCUGCAUGAAGAGGAGCACGUCCUGCUCAUGGCCAUCUGCCUCCUGUCUCCCGAUCGGCCGGGGGUGCAGGACCACGCCCGCGUGGAGUCUCUGCAGGACCGGCUGUCGGAGGUGCUGCAGGCCUACAUCCGGGUGAACCACCCGGGCGGGCGGCUGCUCUACGCCAAGAUGAUCCAGAAGCUGGCGGACCUGCGGAGCCUGAACGAGGAGCACUCCAAGCAGUACCGCUCGCUGUCCUUCCAGCCCGAGCACAGCAUGCAGCUCACGCCCCUCGUCCUGGAGGUGUUCGGCAGCGAGGCUUCGUAGCACCCCCUCCCCCACCCGGCUCGCUCGGAGGUGGGACAGAGGGGAGGCGCCAGGACCGCGGGGUGGGGAGGGGAGGGGCGGGGUUACUGGUGGUCGGGGGGUGGGGCGUCGGCUGAGGCCGCAGUAAGUGGGGAGUUCCCCCCGCGAGUAGAGAAAAGGGAAUCCUGAGAGAUUUUAUGUAUACAUAUAUAAAUAUAUAUAUAAUUAUCUAUAUUUAAGGAAAGCAUAGUUUAUAUUGAAAAUCAGUGGAGGAUUGAUGCUGUGUUUUUCACAGGAUGGCUUUGAAAAACACUGUGUGCGCGUGUGUGUGUGUGUGUGUGUCUGUCUGUCUGUUCUAGAAGGGUUUUGAACCGUAGCCAAGAGUGUACACACACACACACACAUGCGUACUCGCAGGAACACACACACACACAAACACACACACACACACACUGCUGGCUGUAAUGAGAAAGUGAGGCCUGUUUUCGAGGUUUGUAUAUGAGGAUAUUUAAUGACCACUGGGCGUGCAGUUCAGGGUGAGCGAGGAGGAUUCGGAAUCUCGUACGAGGCGCACCGUCCCCGCGGGAUACGCCCUCGCCUUCAUUCAAACAGCCUGGCAGAGAGACAGGUGACCAGUGCCAGCCAAUCGGGAUCCCUCCCGCGGACCCUGGGGCCGGGAGCGAUGCGAUUGGAGGGUCCUUGUCGAUUUCUCCUGGCCCAGGGGAGGCGAGGGCCCGUCCCGUCGGAGGACCUCUGACAGGUGUGGAGGGGGCUCGGCCGGGCCGUCGAGGGCUCCCCUCGGUGGGAGGAGCCACGGCACGCAUUCGCUGUGUCGUCGUUCAGGGAUUCGUGGCAGAUGAGAGUAUGCAGGGCCAGCCCUGCGCUGCUAGCUCAGCCGCCCUUUGGGCUACAUGCUGUUUAUUCAAUUGGCGCUGCGUAACCGCAGACACAUCUGAGUAACUCGAUCCAAGUCCCCCCGAAUGUGUUUUUCGAGAGCAACAGGUGUUCAAAGACCAGCUGAUGGUUCUCGCUGUUCUUUAGACCUUUCACAACAACCUUCUCCUCCUCCCACCCCUCCACACCGCAUUCAGAUCUGAUUCUGUGCCACAGGUCCUGUAGUGUCACAUCACUGAAAAUAAAGCCAGCAUCUUUCUGUGGUUUGUUGGGUGGUGCUGCCCCCUGUUGGUUUGAAUCUGUAAAUACCGCAGUAUUAGUUGUGUACAUACGUAGGGCAAAAUACGUAGGUGAAACUAAGAUAAACCAUUGAAGAUACUCUCAAAAUAUAUGCAAAUAUUA